UAAAAUACACACCCCAACGCCCCCCACGCACACACACACAGAAAUGAGGACUGUGAACAGAGGCCGCCUCGCUCUCCGUCUGCAAGUCAGUCUGAUUCUCCUUUAUGUCGGUGCUGUGGGUGCCUGUACUGUCUCGGUCACACAACCACAUUACCUAGAGGUGGACUACACUCACAAGGCUGUCACCAUAGAGUGUAACUUCUCUGACACUGGAUGCCCUUCAGAGCAUCCAACAAGCUUGUGGUUUCGCUACGGCACUCACCAGCCUGAGAACCUGUGCUUGGACGGAUGCCGAAGUGAGGCAGACAAAUUCACAGUAAGGGAAACCCUGGCACAAAACCAAGUUUCCCUCACUGUAAACAGAGUGACUUCAAAUGACAGUGCAAUUUACAUCUGUGGAAUAGCAUUUCCCAGUGCACGGGGACCCAGAGCUAAGCAAACCGGAGGAGGGACCACGCUGGUAGUAAGAGAAACUAAGCUUCUCAGCAAGGAACUGCAGAGUUUCCUGAUAGCUGUCCUGUCACUGCUGUCUGUCUACAUUACUGGUGUGUGUGUCGUCUUCAUAGUCCUCUCCAAAUCAAAAUCUAACACUCUAAGAAAGAAAGAAACAAAAGAUGAUUCCCAAAAGAAGAAGAGUGCUCGGCGUAUUUUUCAGGAAAUUGCUCAAGAACUAUACCAUAAGAGAUAUGUGGAAACAAGCCAACAACCUGAGAAAGAAGACAACACCACUUAUGAAAACAGAAGAGCACUUUCCAACUAUGAAAGAUCAUAGAAACAUUUUAAUUUUCAAUUAAGUCACUGAAAACCCAACUCCAGAAGCUACGGCAGUGUUAAUGGAGACUCAACAGGUCUUAAAAAAAGCAAUCAAAGGUAAAUGGAAAAGACAACUGUCUCCAAAGAAGAUGCCAGAGUAUGAGGAAACAAUAACUAAUAGUAACCACCAAAAUACUAAAAACCCAACAAAAAGCAACUGAAAAUGCUUUCCUAAUUUGCCAAGAAAAUUCUA